AAGCGCUACGCCGUUCACACGGAACCUGGCUACGCCGUAACCAUCUCCCUACUUAGUUACGUAUUUAUAUUGUGGAUUUUUAUUUUUCACUUAUUAAAAAUGACCGACCACGAAAUUGUUGAUGGAACUUAAAAAACUGUGUAGUUACAAUAAAUCUGUUUGAGUUCUCGAGUGUUGGCUGUAAUAAAAAACUUUUAUGGGCCGAAUAUUAUAAUGAAAAGUAUAACAAUGAGAUGAUUUCAUCUUGUAUAAUGAACCGGUUAUGUAAAUGGAUGUUUCCGCAAAAAGCUUUGAGCAGAGGAAUACUGCCGUAUAAAAAAUAUACUCCUGAGAAAUAACACUUUGAGAGAAAUGAAGACAAACCGUGUUCACUCACUAAGAUAUUCACAAUAUCUUGAAAAUCAACAUGAAUAAUGCUGUAUGAAAUGAAGCUAAUCAAACAUCUACAAUGGGCCAAACAUAUACGCAUGUUCUCGCUAACUUUACUUCGAUAAAUGAUUCGCAAUCUUAUUAUGUUGUAGACGUUGAUAAAGACGCCUGUGCCGUGGCAGAUGAACCCAAAUAUCCAAGUAGCUUCGGAAUUACAUUGGCUGUGCCGGAAUGGGAGGCGAUUUGUACAGCCAUAAUACUUACCCUUAUCAUUAUUUCGACCAUUGUUGGCAAUAUAUUAGUAAUAUUAAGUGUAUUUACUUAUAAACCUCUUAGAAUUGUCCAAAACUUUUUCAUAGUAUCAUUAGCGGUAGCAGAUUUAACGGUAGCUAUUUUAGUUCUUCCUCUUAAUGUUGCAUACUCAAUUUUGGGACAGUGGAUUUUUGGGAUUUAUAUGUGCAAAAUGUGGCUGACAUGCGAUAUAAUGUGCUGCACUUCCUCUAUAUUAAAUCUUUGCGCCAUAGCACUCGACCGAUAUUGGGCUAUAACUGACCCAAUAAAUUACGCACAAAAGAGAACAUUGGAAAGAGUACUUCUAAUGAUUGGUAUAGUAUGGAUAUUAUCUCUAAUAAUUAGUUCCCCGCCUUUGUUAGGAUGGAACGACUGGCCGGAUAUAUUUGAACCAGACACGCCUUGCCGAUUAACUUCGCAGCCUGGUUUCGUUAUUUUUUCUUCCUCUGGAUCAUUUUAUAUACCAUUAGUCAUCAUGACAGUAGUGUAUUUUGAAAUUUAUUUAGCUACUAAAAAACGAUUGAGAGAUCGAGCUAAGGCUACGAAAAUAAGUACUAUAUCUAGUGGCAAAAACAGAUUUUCAUCGAAAGAACAAAAUGAUCAAGACUCGGUAAGCUCUGAUGCUAACCACAAUGAUAACCAAGGAGAUACAAAAUUACGUUCUAGUAAAAACAAAAAGAAGAAAUCAAUAAACACAACUUCAAAAACUAGACCGAUCCGAAAAUAUUGGAGUAAAGACGAUAAAUCUCACAAUAAACUUAUUAUACCAAUUUUAUCUUAUGACAAUUCUGUAACAGAUGCGGCAGAGAAUUUAGAAAACAGAAAUACUUCUUCAGAGAGCAAUUCCAAAGAAACCCACGAAGACGAUUUAGAAGUCAUUGAAUCUUCGAUAGCUAAGGUUCAAAAACGUCAGAAAACAAGUCAGCAAAAUACUGUGUACCAGUUCAUAGAAGAGAAACAGCGUAUAUCGCUUACUCGAGAACGAAGAGCGGCACGUACACUUGGUAUUAUUAUGGGCGUCUUUGUCGUUUGUUGGUUACCAUUUUUCGUACUUUAUGUAGUUAUUCCAUUCUGUUCAAGUUGUUGCUAUUCAAAUAAAUUUAUAAAUUUCGUGACAUGGCUAGGAUACAUAAACUCAGCCCUAAAUCCUUUAAUAUACACCAUAUUUAAUAUGGACUUCAGGCGCGCCUUCAAAAAACUUCUAUGUAUAAAGCCAUAACAAAAAAGGUAUUGUACGCAAUAGGUGCCAAAAAUUAGAAUGUAAGAUUUCAUUGUUUCAAAUUUAUAUAAUUUUAUCUUAUUGAU